UGUGGCGCGGCGCCGGCGGGGGUGGGCGGGCGCGCCGGGCGGCAGGUGUCGGCGGCGUAGGCAUUCGGCGGCGAUGGAGCGGCCCCGGGGAGCUGCGGAUGGCCUCUCGCGCUGGCCCCACGGCCUCGGCCUCCUCCUUCUCCUCCAGCUGCUGCCGCCGGAGACCUUCGGCCAGGACCGGCUGGACGCGCCGCCGCCGCCCGCUGCGCCGCUGUCGCGCUGGUCCGGCCCCGUCGGGGUGAGCUGGGGGCUGCGCGCGGCCGCGCCCGGGGGCCCAGUUCCCCGCGGCGGCCGUUGGCGCCGCAGCGCGCUCGAAGAGGACCAGGACUGCGGCCGGGUCCGGGACUUCGUCGCCAAGCUGGCCAACAACACGCACCAGCAUGUGUUUGAUGAUCUCAGUGUCUCAGUAUCCUUGUCCUGGGUUGGCGAUGGCACUGGGAUCAUUCUGGUCUUGACUACCUUCCAUGUACCACUGGUAAUUAUGACUUUUGGACAGUCCAAGCUAUAUCGAAGUGAGGACUAUGGAAAGAACUUUAAGGAUAUUACAAAUCUCAUCAAUAACACCUUCAUUCGGACUGAGUUUGGCAUGGCUAUUGGUCCUGAGAAUUCUGGAAAGGUGAUUUUAACAGCAGAGGUGUCUGGAGGAAGUCACGGAGGAAGAAUCUUCAGAUCGUCAGAUUUUGCAAAGAACUUUGUUCAGACCAAUCUCCCUUUCCAUCCUCUGACUCAGAUGAUGUAUAGCCCUCAGAAUUCUGAUUAUCUUUUAGCUCUCAGCACUGAAAAUGGCCUGUGGGUGUCCAAGGAUUUUGGGGGAAAAUGGGAAGAAAUCCACAAAGCAGUAUGUUUGGCCAAAUGGGGAUCAGAAAACACCAUCUUCUUUACCACCUAUGCAAAUGGCUCCUGCAAAGCUGACCUUGGGGCACUGGAAUUAUGGAGAACUUCAGACUUGGGGAAAAGCUUCAAAACCAUUGGUGUGAAAAUCUACUCAUUUGGUCUUGGGGGACGUUUCCUUUUUGCCUCUGUGAUGGCUGAUAAGGAUACAACAAGAAGGAUUCAUGUGUCAACAGAUCAAGGGGACACAUGGAGCAUGGCCCAGCUACCUUCUGUGGGGCAGGAACAGUUCUAUUCUAUUCUAGCAGCUAAUGAUGACAUGGUGUUCAUGCAUGUCGAUGAACCCGGAGAUACCGGAUUUGGAACAAUCUUUACCUCAGAUGAUCGAGGCAUUGUCUACUCCAAGUCCUUAGACCGACAUCUCUACACCACCACAGGUGGCGAGACAGACUUUACCAAUGUGACCUCCCUCCGUGGGGUCUACAUAACAAGUGUGCUCUCAGAAGAUAAUUCCAUCCAGACUAUGAUCACUUUUGAUCAAGGAGGAAGAUGGAAGCAUCUGAGGAAGCCUGAAAACAGUGAAUGCGAUGCUACAGCAAAAAACAAGAAUGAGUGCAGCCUUCAUAUUCACGCUUCCUACAGCAUCUCCCAGAAGCUAAACGUUCCAAUGGCCCCACUCUCUGAGCCUAAGGCCGUCGGCAUAGUCAUUGCCCACGGUAGUGUAGGGGAUGCCAUCUCAGUGAUGAUCCCAGAUGUAUACAUCUCAGAUGAUGGCGGUUACUCCUGGACGAAGAUGCUGGAAGGACCCCACUAUUACACCAUCCUGGAUUCCGGAGGCAUCAUUGUGGCCAUUGAGCACAGCAGCCAUCCUAUCAAUGUGAUUAAGUUCUCCACAGAUGAAGGUCAGUGCUGGCAAACCUACAUGUUCACCAGGGAGCCCAUCUACUUUACUGGCCUCGCUUCAGAACCUGGAGCUCGGUCCAUGAAUAUCAGCAUUUGGGGUUUCACAGAAUCUUUCCUGACUCGCCAAUGGGUCUCCUACACCAUUGAUUUUAAAGAUGUCCUUGAAAGGAACUGUGAGGAGAAGGACUAUACCAUAUGGCUGGCUCAUUCCGCAGACCCCGGAGAUUACGCAGACGGCUGCAUCUUGGGCUACAAAGAGCAGUACCUGCGGCUUCGCAAGUCAUCCGUCUGCCAGAACGGUCGGGACUACGUUGUGACCAAGCAGCCAUCUGUCUGUCCCUGCUCCCUGGAGGACUUCCUCUGUGAUUUUGGCUACUUCCGUCCAGAAAAUGACUCCAAAUGUGUGGAACAGCCAGAGCUAAAGGGCCACGAUCUGGAAUUUUGUCUGUACGGCAGAGAGGAGCACCUGACAACAAAUGGGUACCGAAAAAUUCCAGGAGACAGAUGCCAGGGUGGCGUGAAUCCAGUCCGAGAAGUAAAAGACUUGAAAAAGAAAUGCACAAGCAACUUCCUGAGUCCUGAAAAGCAGAACUCCAAGUCAAAUUCUGUUCCAAUCAUCCUGGCCACCGUGGGAUUGAUGCUGGUCACAGUCGUAGCAGGGGUGCUCAUUGUGAAGAAGUACGUCUGUGGGGGAAGGUUCCUGGUGCAUCGCUAUUCCGUGCUGCAGCAGCAUGCCGAGGCCAAUGGCGUGGAUGGUGUGGAUGCCCUGGACACAGCCUCCCACACUCACAAGAGUGGUUAUCAUGAUGACUCAGAUGAGGACCUCCUGGAAUAGCUCUUCAAAGCGGCUGGGACCGAGCACAGAUGAUGGAACCGCAGUACCUCUCACACGCCCUGUGGCUCCGACUUGGGGGGAAUAAAUUUCCCAUUGUGAGGGACCCAGCUCUGUUUCUGCUGCUUCCACCAAAGCCAAAAGGACCUGCGCUAAAGAAAUGUGGGCGGGUGGGAACCCGAAACACUCUCACGAUUGGCUCUGAGAAGUGGGGGAAUCUAAAUUCUUUAAUUUUUUAUUUCAAGUUCUGUCUUUUUGCAAAGUAUGGGUUCUUUUGGUUUUGUUUCUGUUUGGUAAGGGAAAUGGGAUUGGAAGGGAAUGUUUCACUAACCCCCCUCUUGCAUGUUUUGCAUGGCGCCUGCCCCCAGGCACCUGCCAGCCCCAGCAUCAACCAUCACCAAGUACUCGGUGCUGUCCCCAGGCUCUGCCGGCGCCGCGGAGCAGCUGCUGAGAGGUACUCGGGGGCUGCGAUGACUGGCACGGCCUGGCGGCCUUUCCCUGGCCAGGGACAGCCCCACCCCGAGAGUGCUGCACACCAGCUCCUCACACACACCCUGCCUUUGCUUGCUUGCUCUUUUGGGGACCAUGGACCACAGUGGUGUCUCUUCCCCCCACCCCAUUUAAUUAGGCAAUACCCUCGUUAAUUGCCCUUUGGCAACUGACUUAACCAUGUGCUUCCAAGACACUAAAUCAGGAAAACUUAAAGGGCAAUAUUUUUAACUUGGGGCAGGAAGAAGGGAGCAGCAGGGAAUUGACUAGGGUUAGCACCUAUUAAAGGACAAAUUCUUGCUUCUUCCAAGAUCUUUCCAGCCGUGCUUCGUGUCUGUGCCUGUGAACUUGCUCAAGGACAGGGUGAGGGCUUGCCCUGGAUAUCUGCCCAGGCUGUGGGGUCUCUCCACUGGAGCCGAGGGAGGGUGCCCGGGGUGGCCCCUGAGGACUGAACAUCACAGUCCUCCGUGUCCUCUUCCACCUGUGGGCACAGUGGUGAAUCCUUAGGAUGGCUACUUGCUUGCUUCCUCUUGGACUGCUGUUGUACAUGGAGCCAGGACUAGACAUGUUUUCAGAUUUAUAAACUAUUUUUU